AUGGUGUCUAAUGAUUUGAAAGAUGGAUGCUUCUUCACCAUUAUACACAACAAUCUGAAACAAGUGAAUGAGCCUGAAUCGGUUUCAGUUGGUAAAGCAGCAGAGCUCAUUCGGGAUGGCCAUAAGUAUUUGGAUGUUAGGACUUGUGAUGAAUUCAUUGCUGGACAUGUUUCAGGGUCUAUGAAUGUUCCUUAUAUGUUCAGGAGUUGGACAGGAAUGUCAAAAAACCCUAAGUUUGUUGAGGAGGUAUCAUCACAGUUUGAGAAGAAGGAUAAAAUCGUCAUUGGUUGUCAAAGUGGGAGACGUUCAAAUAUGGCUGCAGCUGAUCUUUUAUCUGCUGGUUUUACCUCCGUCACUGAUAUGGCUGGUGGCUAUUCUGAGUGGAUCAAAUGUGAUCUUCCUACAGAGAAAUGAAAUGAAAUGAAACUGACAGAGAUUAUAAUCAAGUGUAAACACAUAAUAGGAAGACAAUGGAUUUGUUGUCUGUCAUCCUUAAUUGAAUAAGAAUGAAUCACUAGGCAUUGGAGUUUUUUUUCUUCUUUUUCCUUGAUUCAAUAAUAAGCAUAUUGAUUGAUACAUACUGUUUUAAUGGUUUCUCUCUUCUUGAUCAAUAGACCACAUAUAUGUAUGAUGAGUUUCUGCCUGAAUCAUUUCCAUCAA